UCUAUUUGAUAAUUAUUCCAUUUAGUAUAUUUUUGUAGGUGAUAUCUUUAAAAUAUUAAAGAUAUUUUGGUUUAAUUCUCCCCCAAUUUUUUGUUAAUAUAUAAUGGAUGCUUCUUUAAGUCAGAAAUCUCAAGCAUUUAUUAUAUAAAUUAUGAAAUAGGUUAUAAACUAAACUAAUAUUUCCUCAACAAAGUUCUAUAUUUGAUGUUUAUAAUCUAUUACUUAUUGGCGGCUCAUCAUUAGAAACAAUGUCAGAAAACAACGACAAAAGCUCAGAUCAGAAAACGAAGGUUUCUGAUGAAGACUGUUCAUCAAUAGAUCCAUCUGAAAAAUGGCUGAUUAGAGACUGUGAUGUGUACAAAGAUGAAUAUGACGAAUGCACUAGUUUUAAAGGCAGAUUCCAUCAGUAUUUUAUUUAUGGUGAAUCGUUGGAUUGUAACCAAUGGAAGAAGGACUACACAAACUGCCGUAAAUGGGUUGAUAACAACGAUGUAAAAGCAGGGAAAGCUGUAAUCCAAAGCGAGACAGCUAGACGAUUGGAAAGGUUAAGACCUCACUACCAGAACAAUGUUUGGAAAAAAAGAGAAUCCCCUCCGGCUGACUGGGACAAACCUUUACCUGAAUGGUUGCAGAAAAGAGACGAAAAUUCAUAUCUUGCAUUGAAAGCCAAAGAAAUGAAGGAGGGCAAAGAAGAAGCGACAAGUUCUUGUUGUAUCAUGUAACGUCAAAGUACAAAUACAAAUGAAUAACCAACUCAUGUGAUAAUAGUGUUUAUUAAAUAAUAUUAGACUACUGCUGUGUGUAUAAGUGUAUGCAAUAUUUAUAUUACAGAUAAAUAGUGGUUUAUA